UGAUCGGUCUCCUUCAUUGUCCUGCAGCCUCUUCAGAAGCCAUGACACCACGAAGGUGCAUCUUAGGAGUUCCUGUCUGCAUAACAAUCUUCUUCCUCCAGGGUUCAAAGGUAGCCGCAGACGCGCCCAUGGGCUCAGCGCCGUGGCUGUGCCACCCCGCCCCCCGGUGUGGGGACCACCUCUACGACCCUUUGCAGCACUGCUGUCAUGACGACGCCAUCCUGCUCCUGAACCAGACACGCAAGUGUGGCUCCUGCACCUUCUGGCCCUGCCUGGAGCUCUGCUGUCCCGAGUCCUUCGGCCACCAGAGGUUUGUCGUGAGGUUGAAGGUCCCGGGUACCCAGGCCCGGUGCUCUUCAUUGCCCACCUCCAGGACCUGCUCCAGGUAACCUUUCUAGAUGAGCUGCUUAUGAAAAUGGGAUGUGUGCCGUUUGCCAGCACGGACCCACCUACGUCACCUGCUUCCCCCACCCCACCCGGCUCCACAGCCCCCUGCGGGGUUGGCAAGGAAACAGAGAAGCCAAGCCGGAUCCGUGUGCUGGGCCCUGGGCUGCCAAUCUCCAAACAUUCAGAGACUCCCCCACGACCUUCAACUCCUUGUGUCUUAGUCCUUCAUCUAUAAAACCCAACUACAUCAAUCUCCUUGA